AUGCCUCUCAUCGUCGACGUCCACACACAUGUCUACCCCCCAGCAUACAUGCAGAUGCUACGAAGCCGCAAAACAGUCCCCUAUGUGCACGAUCCUUCCAAUAAUCGAGAUCCCCGCCUGAUUAUUCUCUCCUCAGAUGAUGACGCCUCCAUCCCGCUCGACCAGCGUGGUCGCCCAGUCGAUUCCUCCUACUGGGAUAUCAAUGUGAAGCUAUCAUUCAUGCGUCAACACGGUAUAAACUGCAGCGUUAUCUCCCUCGCCAAUCCCUGGCUAGACUUUGUGGAGCCGGCUGAAGCCCAGAUGUGGGCGGAGAGGAUCAAUGACGAUCUGGAAAAGACCUGUGCGACUGUGAACAAGGCCGCGGAUCCGGGGAAUACUUUGACUCUCGACCAGAAGGAAACCUUGUUCGCAUUCGGUGCAUUGCCGUUGAGUGCACCGAGUUCCGAAUCUGUUGUUGCUGAGAUUAAACGGCUCAAGACGCUCGAGCAUUUAAGGGGCGUGAUCAUGGGGACCUCAGGGCUGGGCAAGGGAUUGGAUGACGCAAGGCUUGAUCCGGUUUGGGAGGCGCUACAGGAAACAGAUAUGCUAAUGUUUCUGCAUCCGCAUUAUGGGUUACCAGAAGAGGCUUAUGGUGGACCUGAGACGACGGGUCGGUAUGGCCAUGUACUUCCGCUGGCGUUAGGGUUCCCACUUGAGACGACGAUUGCGGUAACGCGGAUGCUGCUAUCGGGUGUCUUUGAUCGCUUUCCGCGAUUGAAAAUUCUCCUGGCUCAUUCGGGUGGCACGCUUCCUUUCCUCGCUGGGCGAAUUGAGAGCUGUAUUCUCCAUGAGCGCAAGUUUAUCUCUGGCGGUGGUGAUGUGCAGGGACCACAGAGGAGUGUGUGGGAUGUGCUCAAGACAAAUAUUUAUUUGGACGCGGUAGUAUAUGGCAAGCCUGGCUUGGAGGCGGCUAUGACUGCGUCGGGCUCCGAUCGUCUUCUUUUUGGGACGGAUCAUCCAUUCUUCCCUCCCUUGGACUCGAAGGAUAACAGCUGGCCGAGCGUGACGACCAACUACCAAGCAAUCCAUGCGACUUUCGACACUAACUCUAAGACAGUGGCAGAUGUACUGGGAGGUAACGCUGCUCGCAUUCUAAAUCUGAAAUGA